AAAAUCGACUUGCGAGGAGUUAUUAUCUAUCUCGACGACAUACUAAUCUACAGCCGCAGCAGGGAGCAGCAUUUACAAGAUCUUGAUGCAGUCUUCACGCUGCUGCACAAGAAUCGCCUCAUUACGAAAGGGUCUAAGUGCGACUUUCUUAAGCAGGAGUUGGAGUUUUUGGGCCACGUCGUCUCGACCGAAGGAGUAAAAAUCGACCCCAAGAAAAUCAAGACCAUACAGGAGUGGAAGCCGCCAACCAACAUCAAGGAGCUGCAGAGUUUUUUGGGUUUCUUCAACUACAUCCGUCGAUUUAUCCCCAAUAUGGCUGGGUUAUCUGCCCCGCUAACUGACCGACUCAAGGAUCACGAUUGUUUUUUGUGGGGAGAGAAGCAGCAAGCUGCAUUCGACCAACUAAAGAUCGCCCUCACGUUGCCGCUUGUCCUUCGCAUCUUCGAUCCUGACUGUCCAUACGAAGUCAUCACCGACGCCAACGACAUCUCCAUCGGUGCAGUUCUCCUACAGGAUUUCGGCGACGGAUUACACCCGGUCGUCUACGAAUCACGGAAACUGCAGGGCGCGGAAAAAAACUAUACGGUACACGACAACGAAAUGCUGGCGAUCGUCCACGCGUUCAAGACCUGGCGGUGCUACCUGACAGGCGCUGACGUCACACAUACCACCGCCACCGGACACUAUUUUAAUAAGCGCGAUACUUCUCGCAUCUGGGUGCCCGGCUACGAUUUACUGCGUACCCUUUUAAUACAGGAAUCCCACGAAAACCCUACCUCUGGGCAUUUCGGAGUCGACAAAACUAUGAAGUCGUUGCAGCGCAACUAUUAUUGGCCGAACAUGGCCGACGACGUGCGCAAGUACGUGUCCUCCUGCACUGCCUGCCAGAUCAUGAAAUCCUCCCAUCAGCGAGCAGCCGGACUACUACAGCCGUUGGAUCCGCCCCAGCGACCCUGGCAAUACAUCACGAUGGACUACGUGACAGGACUGCCGGCCGGUCCCAGCGGAAACGACGCCAUUCUCGUGGUCGUUGACCGACUCAGGAAAAUGGCGCACUUCAUUGCCUGCCAACAGACAAUUACAACUGAGCAGACUGCCCAACUGUCCAUCGCCAACGUCUUUCGACUACACGGAUUGCCUACCGCAAUUAUCUCAGACCGAGACCCGAAAUUCACAUCGAAAUUCUGGCGCCACCUGUGGGACCAGUUCGGCACCAAACUACAGUUUUCCUCCGCCUACCACCCACAGACCGACGGGCGGACCGAACGAGUCAAGCAAACUAUGGAGCAACUCAUUCAAACUACCUGUAGUGACCCACAGACAUGGGAGAAAUCCCUUCCGCUGCUGGAAUUCGCAUAUAAUAACGCUCCCUCCGCCACAACCCAUCAGUCCCCAUUUUUCCUCAACUACUGACAGGACCCAGUGGUACCCUC